UAUAAUUUUAUAUUUUACCUUAUUGUUACGAUGUACGAUUUUGAGUUAUUCGGAAUACUCACAGAAACUGUCAAUAUCAUUGUGACAACUUUAACUUUCAAAUUGUUGUUUUAUUUUUUGGUAUAAAAUCUUCAAAUUCAGAUACCAUUUCCAUUUUAUUGAAUAUAUUCUACAUACGUUGACAGUGCGCUACGAAAGAUGUUGCUAUACCCGUUGACUUUUGCAUACAAGCGAAAUAAAAUACCCUGCAUUAUGCAAGCAAAAUUACAGCUGUCGCUCUCGAGCAUUGACAUCUGCAACUGCAAUUUUGACACAAGAGAGACUAAAGUUACCGACUAUUCAUAGUUCUUUGGGAAAGGGGGUGCACGUUGGCAAAUAAAAAUACUUACUGUCUCAAAUGUUUCUGAUUCUCGGCGAGCGAGUUGGCUCGCAAACUUUGCUUGAAGUUCUCUUGCACGCAACAUUUGAAUAUUAAAGUUGCGCAAGCGUAAGCGAAUAGUGAAUUCAUUCUAUUCGUGGCUCGCCUUGAGACCGUCAUUUGUAAUCGAGCACGCGUCUGCAUCUCGUGUAACUUUGCUCAUAGUAAUUUCUAUCACGUUCUGUAUUAAAAAAAAAGUAAUCUUCUCCAGAAAAAAUAGUGGAACAAUUUUUCUCUUAAAUUUAUUGAAAACAUGCCUAAUAACGAACGUUAUCAAGAUGAUAUUAUAUACAUCACACAUGCAACGCGUAAUAUAUUGAACGUACUUGGAGUUUGGCCGUCCUUGACCGGAGAAUCCUCCAGACGCAGGAUCUGCAGACUCCUGCUAAUUACGAUCUCUUGGAUGCUCCUCUACUGCGUCCUGAUUCCCGGUGUCCUCUUUUGUAUACGCGAGAAGAGAAUGAGAAUCAAGAUCCAGACAAUACCUCUGCUCAUUUUCGGCUUCAUGGCCGUCGGCAAAUACGGCAAUUUGAUCCUUCGGGAGGGACAGAUCAAACGUUGCCUCAAACACAUUGAGGAGGACUGGAAGAACGUGAUAAGCUUGGACGCGCGAAACACGAUGAUACAGUCCGCGAAAACCGGAAGACGCCUAGUCGCACUUUGUGGGACCUUCAUGUAUGGCAGCGGGCUUUCCUUCCGAUCGAUCUUGCCGUUGUUCAAGGGGAAGAUCGUCACCGCACAGAACGUCACGCUCAAGCCCUUGCCUUGUCCGGGUUACUUUUUCUCGCUUGAUGCACAAGUCAGCCCUACUUAUGAGAUGAUCUUCGCGAUGCAGUUUUUUUCCGGAUUAGUUACUUUCUCAAUCACAACAGGCGUGUGUGGUCUUACGGCUGUAUUCGUGAUGCACGCCUGUGGUCAGCUGCAAAUACUGAUAAAUCUGAUGAGACAUCUCGUCAAAGAACAGUGGGAUGAGGGACGCAAUGUGGAUAGGAAGCUGGCCGAAAUGGUUGAAUACCACAUAAGAAUACGAAGUUUUUUACGAUUAGUGGAACACACUAUGCGACAAAUAUGUUUGAUAGAAGUAAUGGGAUGCACGAUGAUUGUCUGCAUUCUAGGAUAUUGUAUAAUAAUGGAAUGGGAGAACAGCAAUAAAAUAGCUAUGUGCUCUUACUUUAUGUCUCUUACAUCCAUUAUGAUAAAUGUGUUUAUGUUUUGUUACACUGGUGAACAGCUCACCACACAGGCGGAAAAAGUAGCCAAUACAUCGUGCGAUCUCGAGUGGUAUCGUCUUCCGGAUAAAAAAGCGCGCGAAAUCGUGCUAGUGAUGAUCAUGUCUAAUUCACCGACCAAGAUCACCGCUGGAAAAAUUAUAGACUUAUCCUUCAAAACAUUUGGUGACGUGGUUAAAACAUCUAUAACAUAUUUUAAUAUGCUUCGAAACGUAGCCGAUUGAUUAAUAUUUGAGCUCUAAUAAUCGAGAUAGAAAUGUAAGCUGUGCAAUACAACAUUAUAUCAUAUAUACUAUUACCAUGGAUAUGUCAAAGAUGCAAAGAUUGGUGCAAUAUAAAAAUAUA